AGAAGAGCUCUUCACAUGAAAACAGGUGUUGUUGAAAUCAAAACUGUUAUUAUUGAAGAGAAUGUCUAGCACUAUAUCAGUAUCCAAGAAAAGAAAGUCUUCAUUAGACACAACUGCAUCAUAUUCAGUUAAUAAUGCAAAAAAGAAUAAGAUGUCAAAAUUAUCCAAAAGUCCAGGCGAUAAGUUACAUGUGAUACAUGAAAAGAAAAAAGAGAGGGUUCAAGAGACCAUGGAGACAGAUACAACAUCUGAGGAAAGUUCUGUUGAAGAAUCUGAAGAUGAAGUUGCAGAUACCCAAGAUACUGAAGCUGAUGAAUUAAUAACAGUAAAGCAAGAAUUAUCAAAUAUGUCCUUUGAAGAACUAAUACAGUUGAAAGAGAGGCUUGGUUUAAAAGUGUAUAACCAGGUGGUACAUGGAGAUAAAGUUAAGAAGCCUACCUCAAAAAGAGUUUUUAAAAGAGAAAAUAAGAACAGACCAAUGGAAAUGUCAUCUAAAAGACCAGUGCGUUUAAGCAAAGAAAGUGAUCAAGCCAAGAAGAAGAUGACCAGAGACCCCAGAUUUGAUGACCUCUCAGGAGAGUAUAAUGAGAGUUACUUUAAAUCUAAUUAUUCUUUCCUGUCUGAUAUAAAGAGUCGAGAGAAGGAGAAAAUCAAGAAGACAAUGAAAAAAGAAAAAGAUCCUGAAAAGAAAGUGGAGCUAAAGAUGCUGUACAACAGAAUGGACCAGCAAGAACAAUCAGAGAUACAGAAGGACAAAAGGAAAACAUUGGAAAAGGAAUGGAAGAAAAAGGAACAGUCUCAAGUUCAGCAAGGAAAGAAGCCAUUUUUCUUAAAGAAAGCUGAUCUACGCAAGCUUGAAUUGGCAGAAAAAUAUAAGGAGUUACAGAAGAGUGGAAAACUAGAAAAAUAUCUUAGUAAAAAAAGAAAGAAGACAGCACAAAAAGAGAAGAAGAAACUUCCAUUAAUGUCCUAACAAUUCUAUCAUAUGAUUAUCAAUUAAAUAGUAAAUAAACUUUA